AUGGCGAGUAAAAAGAAUAGAGGCACAUAUAGAGCGCAGAACAUCAGUGUUGACACAACGAAGGAGGAACUUACAGCAGCACUUGAGAGUCAGCUAAUAGGGGACGAAGAAUACAACUUCGACAUACGCCUGGCGCCAGACUGUAUCGACCCGGAAAACUGCCAGGUUGCAACUAUCAAGGUUACGCCUUUCACAGCAAAAGCGCCGGCCUUCCUGGCACGAGAAACCCCAUCUUUUCAUUUGAAAGGGAACCUCAUAAAUAUCGACGUAAACUUCUAUGGCCUUACGCAAUUAUAUCCGGUACCGGAACCAGAUGAAACAAAGCUUGACAUUGUCGCUUUAUCUGGUCUCAACUCCCACGCCUAUGGAUCGUGGGCCCAUACCAAAAGCGAACAUAACACUACCACGAUGUGGCUCCAGGACUUUUUGAAUCGAGAUGACCAACUACAAAACUGCCGAACAAUGAUAUUCGGAUACAACACUAAAUAUGAUGCAAAAGCUCAGCACUGGAUCGACGACUAUGUCAACAUUCUGUUGACAGAAUUAAAUAAGGCUAGGAGUGGCAAAGAGGAGCAGAGAAGACCACUAGUUCUUAUGGGUCAUAGUUUCGGUGGCACUAUCGUCGCACACGCGUAUGUCACCGCCUCCAUGCACGAAAGAUAUAAAGACAUUCACGAAUCCGUCGCCGGUGUCGAAGGAGGCGGCUGGGGGCGAUGCGGGGAACCGAUAUUGGUAGUCAGCCAGAAUUCCGCGAGAUUGAGAAUUGACAAGUUCGAGGAGUCCAUAGCGGCAGAAGCAAACCACUCUACGAUCGUUAAACUGCAAAGCCCGCAAGAUAAAACAUAUACUAAUAUUCGCGACCGCCUGAAAAAAACUAUGGAGAGGUUAGAGAACACAGGUGUUGUGUGUCCCCGGUUGGACGAUAAAGACCUUGAGAAAAUACCAUAUGCUCGAAGUGCAGCUUUCGACUCCUUCGUUCAACAAUUUGACCCCAAAUGUCACCCAGAUACGCGCAAAGAGCUCUUAAGCCAAAUUGAGGAUUGGGCGAAGGGUUCUGAUAGAAAAGGUAUAUUUUGGCUUAAUGGUGUCGCCGGAACGGGCAAGUCGACGAUAUCAAGAACUGUGGCUCAGCGUUUUAGCCGGAGUAGCAAGGUUGGCUCGAAUGUUCACAGCAACUCCAUCUCUAAGAAAAGUGAAAAUAUCUACUUAGGGGCCAGCUUCUUCUUUAAAAGAGGCGAAAAUGAGAGAGAUAAUGCUUCGAAACUUUUCACAACAAUUGCAGUCCAACUUUCACAAGAACUACCUGAACUGGUUCCCUACAUCAAACAAGCGAUUGAAGCAGAGCCAGAUAUUGCGACAAAGUCACUAGGCAGGCAGUUUGAACUGCUGGUGUUUGACCCUCUUCAAAAACUCAGCCAGCGGAAUUCUUCUGAAACGUCCAGAUCUAAGAUGAAAGUAAGAUCACUGUCACUACUACUCGUAGUCGAUGCACUCGAUGAAUGCCGUGACGAAUCAGACAAUGAAUACCAACAGGACAAUACAAUAAGACUCAUACUCCAUUGUUUUUCCCAAAUAGAAGAAAUCAGAACUAGUCGUUUUGAUAUACGGGUCCUCCUUACAAGCCGUCCUGAGCUCCCGAUUCGCCUAGGGUUCAGCGAGAUAUCGAUGGGUACCAGUCGACACGAGCAGAUUAUACUGCAAGAAAUUCCCAAGAGUAUUAUCGAACACGACAUCUCAGUUUUCCUGAUAACCGAAUUUUCGAAGAUCAGAUUAGAAAAUCAAUUAGAGCUGCAAUUCCCACCGGAUUGGCCUGGAGACGAGGCUAUUCACAAACUUACCAUGCUGGCUGCCCCCUUGUUCAUUUUUGCGGCGACAGUAUGUCGAUUUGUGGGAGGUGCUUCAACUUCGAGCCCUAUGAAGCUUUUAGAUACGGUUUUAACGCUUGGGACGGCUGAAGCGGGUUUAAUCUCUCAGCUAGGUCGAACUUAUCUUCCAGUACUGAAUCACCUAAAAUCUAUUUGUGCUCCAGUCAAAUUUGAACAAUUUCGCGCGGAAUUCAAAAAGGUAGUGGGCUCUAUCGUGGCUCUCGCGGACCCUCUAGGUCCUCUCCCACUAGCGAAGCUCCUCGGCAUGGACGAGAACAAUGUAUAUAUUAUACUGCGCCAUCUGCAUUCUGUUCUCAACGUUCCGUCUGAGCCCAAUCUACCUAUCCGACUACUUCAUCUCUCUUUUAAAGAGUUCCUCGUGGAUCCCGAAAAGAAGUCGAAGGUAGCCAGCGACAAAGAUGAGGUAAACGACAACUGGGGAAGCGACAAAGCAAAUAACGAUUUCUGGUUUUGGAUUGAUGAAAAGCAAAUCCAUAGAAUGCUCGCAUAUAGGUCUCUCGAUGUCCUCUCCGCUUAUCUCAAAGAAAAUAUAUGUUCUAUAGAAUAUUCCGGAAUGUCCCGAGAGAAGGUCGAAGUGUCUAGAAUAGAGACAAAUAUACCAGCGUGGUUGCGAUAUGCAUGUUCAUACUGGAUACACCACCUAAAAUGCGGCUUUGAGGAUCUUGGACUCUGCAACGAGGACGCAGGCCGAAUAUAUGCGUUCUUAUGUGAGCACUUCUUACAUUGGCUUGAAGCUUUGAGCUUGGUUGGAAGAAUGAGGGAGUCUGUGUUGUUAAUAGAAAUGCUGAGUCAACUCGCCAAGGAAAACAAAAACAUGAAGUUAUUAAGGUUCCUUUACGACGCCAAUAUUUUCCUCCUACAGAGUUGGCAAUCGAUCGAUGAAGCACCUCUUCAAAUCUAUUCAUCCGCCCUAAUCUUUAGUCCGAAGGCAAGCGUUAUUAGAAAAAUAUUUCAAAAUUGUAUCCCAAAAUGGAUAUCCAGAUGGCCAGAACCCCCUGAACCGUGGAAAGCAACUUUAAAACUAGAGCUUAAUACAUUGGACCCUUCUGCCCUAGCAUUCUCACCAGAUGGAAGGUUUCUAGCAUCUACAAGCCGGCUCAGACAGAAAAUUGACGUUUGGAAUACCAGAACUGGCGAGCACGUAGGGUGUGGAGAUCAAGAUUAUGACAGAAAACAUCCCACGAUUCCACUUCCUCCUAACGGUAGAUAUCUCGGAUCGUUAGCCAGUUCUCUUUUUGUAAUAUGGGACGCAGUUUUGAGGCAAAAAUUGCGAGCUUUAGAUCCCACAUACCGGAUUAAAUGUUUUGCCUUCUCUCCUGACAGCAAAUGGCUAACAGUAGCUUUGUCAAAACCCAAUAUCAUUGAAUUGUGGGACGUUGACAUGGUGAUACAGGGCCGAGUAACCCCGGGAACAGACCAAGCGAUUCAAGUGUUUAGAGGACACAAUAACCUCGUUACCGCAGUUUUGUACUCGCCAGACGGCAAACUGUUUGCAUCGGCGUCGGAGGAUCAAACAGUUAGAAUAUGGGACCCGGCAACGGGCCAACAACUGCUACAAACAUCAGUGGGGACCUCCCCUUCGUGGAAUAAUUUUCGAACAAUGGCGUUUUCCCCUGACGGAAAACAUUUAGUCUUGGGAUUGGAGGACUUAGUUAUGCUCUGGAGUGUGACCACUGGGGAGCAAGUCCGAAUCUUUCCUGAAAAGUUCCGGGGCUGUGCUUCAAUGGCACUUUCUCCCAGUGGUAAAGAGUUGGCGUUGGGAAAAGGUGAUGGUAGAGUUGAGAUAUGGGACAUGACAACACGGAAAAUGAUAAAAGUUCUCUGUGACCUCGGUACUAGUAGUAUAGCCAGAGCCGUCGCGUAUAGUCCCGAUGGUAAGGUGUUAGCGUCGGCGUCAAAUUCUACGAUCAGGCUCUGGAAUGCGGUGGUAGAGCAGCGAGUUAGCAGUAACGCCUCCCCGCUGAGGAAUUGGGAGAUGCAGCUAGGGUUGCGCGAGAAAACCGCUCAGCUUCGGCAUGUAAUAGCGAGCAGGAAGAAUCCGGUACAAAGGGUGAAAGGAGAAUCUUGGUUGGCUUCGGAGGUGGUGUUCUCGUCAAACGGUGAACAGGUCGCGGUGAGAGAGGUUUCUAUUCCAGAUAUCGUCACAGUUUGGGACGUGCGGACGGGCCGGCUGGUGUGGGGGAAUACAUGCCACCGGUGGGUCCACAGUAUCGCUUUUCCUCCGACGAAAGGUUAUAGCUCACCGGAACCUUGGUUAGCGAUAGGAUCGCAAUCGUUCUUGCCCUCCCAUACGAAAGUAAAUGUAUACCAUACAAAAACAGGCAAGGAAGUGAAAGUGUUGGACGUGGGUUCGAACUCUGAAAAACCCGACUGUGAGAUCCGUGGCCUCACUUUUAGCUUUGAUUGUAAACAACUAGCUUUAGCAACUGAGGAUCUAAAUGGCGGUAGCAGAAGGAUCGAGCUCUGGGAGAUCAAAACAGGGCAAAGGAUAAAAUACAUUUGUGACAGCCGUCUCGACGCGACAGUCAUGACUUUCUCUCCGAAUGGCGAACGACUUGCCCUAGCGACAAAAUACCGGGACACGGACAUUCAAGUUUUGGACGUGGCGACAGGCAAGGAGUUGAGAAGCUGGGAUGAGCGCCAUGCUGUUACAAAACUAUGCUUCUCUAGCGAUGGCGAGCAUUUAGAGACCGGUAGCGAAAUCUUAUCUCUCGCUCCAAACCUCUCUUCGCCGCAGUCGGUCCAAAAAUCGCCUAGGGCACAACUGUAUUUUGAGGUUCGGUCGGCUUGGAUAUACGCAAACGAUUUCCGCCUUUUACGGCUACCAGUUUCCUAUGGGGGUAACUGUUCUGCCCACAAUGGGAACUUUUUGGUUGUUCCUCUACGUCCGACUAAAGGCGUUGGUAUUUUCGAGUUUACCGGCGUUCUUGACGAGUUGAUCCUUUCUCAGACACCUUGA